AUGAGCCGCAUCGCUACUACGAUGGGAAAUGUCGUCCGUGUCGCACGAGAGCGCAGCAUCCGGCGCGCGCUCGAUCUCGUCCUCAACCUCCCGCCCGAAGUUCUCUUGAACAUCUUCAUCACUCUAUCGUACUUGGAUACACCCACUCUGGAGAAUCCCUUGGGAUGGUACAUGCGCGUUUGCGCUGUGUGCUCUCGGUGGAGGAAAAUUGCUCUCGGAUCUAUUGAACUGUGGGCGCGGAACGCUGGUGCUUUUCCAUCGCCGCGUAUGACCGACGUCUUGAUACGUCAACGCGCUGGCCGCACCUUCCCUCUCAGCCUCAACGGACAUUUCGAAGAUCAUCGGGGUCCGGGCUAUGUGCUCACGGACUAUCAGCUGUCGCUCAUUGAAGCGCACGCUACACGUCUUCGUUCUCUCGUGCACGACGAAUACAUGGACUGGUCUGAGCUGUUCUACCGCCUGAGGACCUUUCCCCAGUUAGAGGCGGCGAGGAUCUGGGACGAUUCGGGCCCCGAGAUGUGGUAUGAGUGCAUCAACGCACCAAAGCUCGAAUGCUUGUAUCUGAAUAACGGGCUGAUCCCGUUCAAUGCCCCCUCCCUUCGCUAUCUGCGCGUGGAUCUAGACAAUGUGGAUUGGCGUCAAAGCCGGGAUGUCUUUGGAUCAUAUGAUGACGGUGUACUAGGGGACGAUGACAUAACUCCUACGGCAUUCCCUACUCGCGAACUCCUUGCCCUCUUGCAACGUUCCCCACAAUUAGAACGCUUGAUCAUAACAGACAUGCCCGCGUUACUGCAAGAAGAGCUCCCUGAUCUCACCCAAUUACAUGUGAGACUUCCGCGUCUGCGUGGACUGCACCUCGCCGGGAAGUCGCGGGCACUCGCCGAUCUAUGGCAAAGACUCAUCAUACCUCCUGAUGCUCAGAUCUUCAUUGAUACCGAUUAUCUGGACGAAGAGAAGGCUUUGAAAGAAGAAGUGCUUGAGGUCGUAGCAGACAUCUUGAUAUCGCCCGUGUAUGACAGCAUAGGGCUUGGGAUGACAACGUCCUACGAUAUGAUGAUGCAGCUUUGGUCUUCGGAAACAUGCAGUGCGCCUGGGUUGGACUUGUCCACGUCUCUCCAGCUGACGGAACCUAUGGGAGGACCUGCGUUCACAUUGAAACUCUCCUUUGCGACAAACGAGUUUCUUAAGACGUUCACGGACAACGUGAUAGUCGAAGGUACUCGAGGCUAUGAGGACCACAUAUCAUACAGAGGUCCAUACGGCAUAUUCCAGCACAACGUAGCCACGAGGUUUCAUGCACGCGCUGCUGACCUUCUACGGUAUCUCAGCCCUUCGUGGCUGAAGCAUAUCGAUAUAGCAGACUUGCCCUUCGUGUAUGAUAACUACAUGACCUGGUUAGCAAUAUACGAGCGAGAUGUUCCUGUUACUCGCCUCCUCGGCUUCAAAGCUGGUACCCAACUUCCGCGUCGAGUCGUGAUCUUGAAUUGGGAGUCAUUCAGUCGUCUAGCGUAUUUCGCGGGGCCCUACAUUCACUCGAGGGCCCUUUACUACUUGCCGGCGGGUGCACCAUUUGAACUGACGUUUGUUAACUUCCCUUGUGUUGCUUGUCCCAGUCAGAAGAGAUACGAUGAAAAUCUCAAUGCGGACGCUUGGAACCUCAUGUACAGAUUUCUCGAGGCAUACUUCUCUCCGGGAAAGGCGUUCCAGGGUCAUCUCUUGAAGUUGACACUCGCCGAAUCAUACUCCGAUAGAUCAAAUAUGGAACGCUCUGAGGAGCCAGUGUACGAACACACUAUCCCGGUAUCGUACGAAGACGCAGUGAAUGCUGUCACUCAGAAAGGCUAUCGGCAGAUCGCGAGGUUCGUGCCGGCUUUCCAGGACUUGCGAGUCAAUAGCUGGCAUUGCUGGGCAGCUCCUCCUAACGCCUACACCGGGCCGAAGCCAGUCUCUGUGGGGCACAAACGAUCCAUUCUAUGA